CAAAGUUGCAGAUCCGAACUAGUUCCUUGCCCUACCGCAUCGCCGUCCGUCGUCCUCCGGCGCCGGUCACUUUCCGAGGGCCUCUUCCUGUCUCUCUAUCUCCCUCACCACUCCUCUCUGUCUUUCUCUCUAUCUCUCUCUCUUUUGCUGUCGCCAUGAUUAUCGGAGUGUCUCGUGCUCUGUCUUCGCCUUCUACGGUUGGCAGAAUGUUGAAGACAUGCCUGUGCAGAGCAUCUACUUUUGUUAAUGAUAAAAAAGAAGCAGCGUCGGUGUCGGAGACCAAGCUGAGCUCCAUCCAUCCUACUGCAAUUGUUCACCCUGAUGCUAUCAUUGGAGAGGGCGUCUCAAUUGGUCCAUUCUGCACAGUUGGAUCAGGUGCAAGGCUUGGGGAUUCCUGUCAAUUGCAUGCGGGGAGCCACGUAUUUGGCAACACUGAGUUAGGAGACGGCUGCGUUCUACUGACUGGUGCCAUCGCUGGUUGUGAUCUACCAGGAUGUACGGUUAUUGGAAGUAAUAACAGAAUCGGGUAUCAUGCCGUUGUUGGUGUGAAGUGCCAAGAUAUGAAAUACAAGGAAGGAGAUGAAUGCUUUCUCUACAUGGGGAAUAAUAAUGAUGUCAGAGAGUUCGCAUCCAUUCAUCGUUCUUCCAAAGCUACUGACAGAACUGUUAUUGGUGACAAAAAUCUUAUCAUGGGUUGUUGUCAUAUUGCUCAUGACUGCAGAGUGGGUUCCAGCAAUAUCUUUGCUAAUAAUUCUCUUUUAGCUGGCCAUGUUGUUGUGGAAGACUUUGUUCAUACUUCAGGGGCUGUUGCUGUUCAUCAAUUUUGCCACAUUGGAUCAUAUGCAUUUGUUAGUGGGGGUUCUGUUGUUUCUCAAGAUGUCCCUCGAUAUAUGAUGGUAGCUGGAGAUAGAGCAGAACUUCGUGGCUUGAAUUUGGAGGGCCUACGUCGUCAUGGGUUCUCAAAUACUGAGAUCAAAAGCUUGAGAGGGGCUUACCAAAAAAUAUUCAUGCCUAUAGGGCUGGAUUCCAGCAGCUUUGAGGACAGGAUGCUGAGUGUGGAGCAAACUGAAGAAUUGUAUAAUUUACCGGUUGUGAAGUCUAUGAUGCAAUCAAUUCGGGAUUCUUUCCAGCACAAUCGACGCGGCAUUUGCAAUUUCAGAAAUCGGAUCUCUCUUGAGGAGUGAAUAUUGGGGGUACUAGUGUGGAUUUCCCUGAGCAAAGAAUGUACUCCAAGGCAAUUGCAAUGUUGUCAUAUGAAAAAGGCUGGUGUGGAAUCUUAUGUGGCAGAUUGCAACAGUAUAUGUUACAUGUGGUCAAGUGAUUUGAAUGCUUAAGCAUCUUAUUCUUGCAGGACCCUCAAAAUCCUCAAAUUCUUCAAACAUGGUUCAUGGUUUUUCAGUGGAAUAUCCUGUCCCCCUAGAAGUUUUUAGACUGUAAAAACAGUGAUCAAUUGUAACAGUGAUAUCUCUGUAACCUUAUAUUUGGAAACCGAAAAGAUAGUUUAGGUGUU